GGUUGGCCGUAAAGAUCAACUUCUCUCGACGACUUCAACCAUCAUGGCGGGGGGACGUGUUGGUUCGUCUACACAUAUCUGGAUUUUCUGCUUCAUGUUACUUAUCAACUCGAUUAAUUUUACCGCAUCGGAGUUUACCAGAGAAAUGGUCAGGGAAUGGGCUGACAGUAUCGGCAAGGCGGCGUUUAGUUUCUCCAAAAAUAUCACUCACGCUGACGACCUGCAGCAUAGCUACGAAGCGCUGAAUGCGAGUACGACAAAUGUAGAUGGACUGCAGCUGCUCAGUUUGACUAAAGGCCGAAUUGAAAAAUAUUUCAACAAGAAAAUUACCGCUCUUAAGAACAUUGUGGACAAAGCUGAGAAUGCAUACUGUAAUCACUAUGUGAACAAGAAGCUUGAGCUUUCAGAUAUAGAUUAUCCAAAUUCAAAGAGUCUUGACUCUUACCUCAAUGCCACUGGCAUAAGUCUAGAUUACAAUCCAUAUUAUUUACAAAAUGUGACAUUUAACAGAAGCACCAUUCAUGUUCCAACUGAUGUUUAUGAUGGAUCUGCUGAUAUUCUCAAUGGAAUUGCAUGGAGUAAAGAACUAAAUAAAGCAUUCUCAGAGAAUGAAAAGGCAGAUCCUUCAAUUGCAUGGCAGUAUUUUGCAAGUAAUACUGGAUUUAUGCGUGUUUAUCCAGGCAGCAAAUGGAAAGAAGAGCCUGGUCAGGUAGACUUAUAUGAUGCACGUAGUAGGUCAUGGUUUAUCCAAGGAGCUACAUCUCCAAAGGAUGUAGUGAUCAUUUUAGAUGCAAGUGGUAGCAUGCGUGGUGUUCCAAUGAGAAUUGCAAAAUACUCAGCUCAAGCACUCAUUGACACUUUUGAAGACAAUGACUAUUUUAAUAUAGUGUGGUUUAACAAAGAUGCCAAGGUGCUAUUGUGCAAUACAAAUAAUGAGAAGAAACUCAUUCAAGCAACAAAGAAAAAUAAACAGGCAGCAAAAAAGCAGAUUGAAACCAUAAAAGAUGAGAAUAUGGCACAUUGGGAAGUUGGUGUUGAUUUGGCUUUUAAUCUUCUUGAUGAAGCAAGAAAGCUUAGAAAAGGAAGCCAGUGUCAACAAGCAUUGAUGAUUUUUAGUGAUGGAACAACUAAAAACUUGAAGGAUUUGUUUGCCAAAAGGAAUCCCAGUAAAAGGGUUCGUGUGUUUACAUACCCAGUUGGACCUCCUGCAGAGAGUACAACGGCAAUGCUUCAAAUGUCUCGUCAAARCAGAGGAUUUUUUUCACGUAUACAAAGUAUUGGAGCUGUUCGUUCUGUUAGUGAGUCCUACAUACAGGUGUUAAGUAGACCCAUGGCCAUGGCGCCUAAAAUAAAUGUUAGCCAUUCUGCUGUCUGGAGUGCUGUCUAUCUAGAUGCCUUGGGCCUAGGCAUGAUGGUAACAGGCACUAUGCCAGUUUUCUACAGAGUCAACAAUAAUUGUUCAAAAGCACARAAGAACUCUUAUGACCAUCUGAUUGGAGUGGUUGGCACUGAUGUACCUCUCAAGAAUCUAGGGGAAUUCCUCAUGCAACCACUGAUGGGAGCCAAUGCUUAUGCCUUUGGUAUAAACAACAAUGGUCUGAUUGCUUUCCAUCCUCGACUAAAGACAGUGUUUGGAUAUCUGCCAGAUGCUCCAGGCGUGGAUUUGAUGGAUGCAGAGUUCCCUAUACAUAAAGCCGAUUUAGAAAAGCUUCGCAGUGCAAUGAUCAAUCGUACCUUUUCCUCUGAUCCAUUCAAUCCAAAUAAGCAAGCAUUCAAGGUGUAUGAUGUUUCAAGAGAUGAGUUGAGAGUGGUCAAGCGAGAACUCCAGUUCUUCUAUGAUAGCCUACAGGAUACUUCAUUUAGUUUCGGAUUUGCUACGCCAGACAUUGGCUUUAAGUACGUUUUACCUUCUAAUGCAUCGUUAGACCAAUUAACCGAUGAGUUGAAAUCCUCAGACCUCACCUUGGCCAAAUGGCCCUAUUGUAAUGGAACUGUUUUUGCUGACAAUCCCAUAGAAAAGAUGAAGAUGAAGAACUUAACCUGUGACCAAGAUAUGCUCAACGGUCUUGCCAUAGAUUUGAAUGCUACUUCUCGCAUGUCCAGUAUUUGGAAAACAAAUCAAAGGCGCUACACUGAUAAUCAAAUCAACACCGUAUUUGCCAAAACCUUUUAUGGAGUAACCAGGCAACAGACGUUCAGUGCCUUGGAACAGCCAUAUUAUCCCAGCCAAAGUGAUUUCGGGAGGGUUGCAGCAUCUGACGUGAAUGCUUCAUCUAUUGUGUAUACUUCACCAUAUACAACGGGUAAACGAGAGAGAAACUCUUCAACUGUCAUUGCAUUUCAUAAAGUCUUGUCUUCCAACAGGCCUGUGGCAGUAACAGGAUUUCAAAUCGAUUCUGGUGCUUUUUCUAAGAUGGUAUUUGACAAGACCAAACAGUGCUCAUCUGGCAUCUGUGCAGAUGUGAACUGUGACAGAAGCGGAAAAAAUGAUCUAGAAGGCAACUACUGCUACUUGCUGGAUGAAAAUGCCUUCGUCGUGUCGGCCAAUUACAAACAGUCCAGUGGAAAGUUCUUUGGUAAAGUAGAUAACUCUAUCAUGAAAUUACUGAUUAAAGACAAUUCAACUUCUGUCACCGGGAUUUACAACAAGGUAGUGUUUACCGAUUACCAAGCUGUUUGCGAGAAAAAGGGAAGUUUUGUCAACUCCGGCACGUCUCUGCUCGGGCCUCUGUUUACAGUAUCCUCCUACAUCGAUUUGUGGACGACAAAAGCCAUGUGGUUCUUAAUGUACUUUAAUGUCUAUAGCUGGUUGAUGUCCGAAACAAAGUCCUUUACAGAAGCAACAGAAGACCAGCCUAAGAACUACAGCUGUAUCAAGGAAGUAACAACCUAUUACGCUGAUAAAACACAAGUCCUACACAAUGGAACGGCUACUUGUAUUCUCACAAGCUGUUCUAGACAAUUUAUUGUUGCGAACGUGCCAAGCAGUAAUCUGUAUCUGGUGGUUGUUGAUGCUAAAUGCGGAGAAUGUCAAGACCCAUCAUCCAGUAUCGGUCUUCCUGGUGAACCCAAAAUAGUAGAUGAUGUACAAGAUGAGCAGUGCAAGCAACAACUGUAUCGAAAGAGGCCACAAAGAUGUUUUGAAACCGAGAACCCUGAAUCCGAAUAUCCAGCUGGAAAUAGUCGAUGCCUGACUCCGUCUAUUACCCUGCUAUCUGCAUCGCUUCUCAUAGUAUUAAAGUAUCUACUCUACUGAAAUGGGAUUUCAAGUAUCAUUGGAAAUGAAUAAACGGCAAUAAAAGGCUGCGCAGGCGGAAAAGAAGCCUUUUGUUUGAGCAACCCAUUCAUUUGGCCGGCCACAGUAUGUUUGAUCUUGUGCAAUCACGCUAGUACGUGCAUGGAACAAGUUACGGCUGAUAUUUUUAUAAGGGUUUGCCCUUGACCAACAGUGCAAUUUAUAAAAGCUGUACAUUUACUUUUGUAGCUUUGCUAUGUACAAAUGUAUUGAACAUUUUUCUAAUGACCUAUGUACUUUUGCAUGUAGAUAUUUAUUCAUUUUAAAGUAAGGGAGAAUGUUAAUAGAGGUUAGACAAAAAGCAGUGGUAAACGGUGCAGUUGGUUAGACUGGGGGAGAAGGGGUUAAUGUGGGUUACGUUUUAUUAUCGUGCAAUGGGCGGGUGUUGGAAAAGCAUGUAAUCCGCUUUCUCRUCCCUCUCCUCUCAGAUCCCACAUGAAAGAAAGCUGAACCCCCCAAAAAUUUGACUAUUUGAUUUUCAUGCGAGGAAAAUUAUUUCUAACAGUAAUUUUCAGUAAACACGAUUUGACUGGACUAGUAAUUCAGGGAAUAUUAAACAACACCAUCAGACGUGGAUAGUCAAUAUGUUGAGCACGUCUCUUUCGUGGUGCUCAUGACGUAACGGUGGCCCUAAGGGGCCAGAGUCUAAUUUAUUUUAAGUAAUUUAUUAUUAUUAUUAUCAUUAUUAAUUUCAUAUUUAUUCAUUUAUUUAAUAAUUUCAUCCAUCAUACAGUCAAUAUAUAUCCAAUAUACCUACACCAUGUGGGUAACUCAGGAUGGGCCAGAAAAUAGUGCAUAUUCGUUGUCUAAUUUAUUUUAGUGAAGUGGCUUUUUGUGCGCUAACCGUACGCCGCAAUUUCUAUUCUUACGGAUAUUUAAAUAGUGUUAGACUUUUUCGAGGAUUUUGGUUCUCCUCACUUAGAAAAAAAUCAAUGAUAGGCGAAUUUCGAACCCGGCACCCUGGGCACCAAAUGCUAUUACAAUGCCUAUCCCAACCCUAACCCUAACCCUAACCRCUCGGUCAGAAGAGAAUUCGCUGGGAUGCUUUCUGAUUUUUGUCAUAUUUAAAACAAUAUCAAAAUAUUGAAAUAUCAGUACGAAUAGAAAUUUCAAGUUGUCACUGCGUUUUAGAAAUACAAUUAAUUUAAAUCAGUACCAUAUAGGCUGAUGGAUGAUGCGCCUAUGUUUCCAAAGGUGUUAGUAACAUUUGUUUUACACAUGUUAAUUUAAGUUCGCUAUUCAAUCCUAAAUGCCAUGCAUAUAUCAUGAAUAUAUAUCUUGGCCCGGUUGUACGAAGGGUGGAUAGCGCUAUCCGGCGGAUAAAUCCUUAUCCAGUUAAUUAGUCGAUGCUGUUAUCCAAUAAAUUUAUCCAUCGGAUAGCGCCUCACCCUUCGUACAACUGGGCCCUAAUGUAUAGUAUCCCUUUGAACCAUAUUCUAACCUAUCUCRGGUAUCUAAGCAAAAUAAAGAAGUUGUUAGCCUGUGUCA